AUGCUCCGAGAGAUACAGCAGGUGCUGCGGUUGGUGAUGCUUUUGGGAAAGAAAAAACUAAAGUGUGGUUCAAAGACUGCAGGGGGGCUUUUGGUUCUUCUGUGGACUGACACAGGAGCUUCUGGUCAGUGUUUGAACUGCACUGUUGCAGCUGCUGGUCCCUGGUGCACAGGGAUUAAAAUGGCAGCACUUCAACCGGAUUUGAAGGAGAGCAUGUUUCCCUGCGCAUGGCCGUGUCCUCAGCCUGACCCCGAGGAGCUGUGUGACUUCACUGAUCUGUAUGGUUCCCUCAGAUUACUCUUGUCGUUUCAGAUCAAAAUCCACCUAAAAUUCAACUUCAGUCAGCAGACCUUCCAGCGAGAAUUUAGAGUGAAGAUCAAGAGCAAAGUAACAUGGGCAAACCAACCAUCACUGAACUUGGAUGUCACCUCUAGUACACAGUCUCCAGAGUGUGUGAAGAAAGGAUGCUGGUGUGAGGGAGGACACCCUGUCGUUGGAAGCAGGUUGCCACUCAGUAUCCCACCUGAAGCCAUGGACCAGGGCCUGUUUGGGGAGCUCAGCAUCCAGCCUGUCACACUUCUGACCCCCUGUGUGCUGCAGUACCCCAAUCUGGCAACACAACUCACUCGUGUCCAUGUGUUGGUAUACAGCCCCAGUAAUGUUCCUGUCACAGGCCCCUCCACCUUCUUCCAGAACCUCCCUGCACAUCUGGACUGUCAGGAACUAGGCCUGCCAAGCCUUCGCUGCUUCUUCUUCAAAGAUCGUGUACACAGCGGUGGCACCGUGUACACAGUAGAGCAAGAAAACUGUGAGGAUCCAGAGCAAGAAUCAAAUCUUCACCGAAUGAACCAGAGUCUCCUGCUUUUCCUCUUCCUGCAGCACAGUGACCCAUUCACCCACCAGCUCUCUGAUAUUGUGGCCACAGAGACGCUGUUAGAGCACCACCUGGAUGAUAUUCUGAACAACAACAGGAAGGCAGUCACAGCAGCCCUUCAGACUGAGCUGAAGAACACACUGAAAGCCCAAAAUCGCCGGAAAAAGGACCAAGAGAAGCUGCGUUCAGCUGCUGAAGUGAUUAUCAGUUCAUCCAUCAGUAUUGUGAGCUGUAGCAGUAACAAGGACUUCAGAAAUGCCUGUCUGAACAGCAUGAAGGUGCGUGACACUCAUGACCUCUCAGCCUCCCUCCGGGAAUCACUGAGGAGGGUGACAUCAUGGAAAUUCGUUCCCAGGAGCAGGUGCUACUCUGCUCAGAUGGAAGAACAUCCUGAGAGUGACGAACCCACCAGAACAGAAAUCUGAGAAUGUCUGAGUUUGUCUUGAAAGGUUGAGGGCUGUGGAAGCCGUUAACACUGGAAUGAGUACAUAGUACAACAAUAUUUUAUAGUAGUGUGGCGGAGAUAGAAAUACACAUUUAACUUAUAAUUUUAAAAAGGCAUCGUUUUAUUAUGGUUUGU